UUGCAGUCGACUCUCGCGUUGUGUAGAAGCGAGAGAACUUGAAAUAUAUGUGUAUAUAAUAUACACAUCCCGAUGUUCAACUUUGUUUUCAUCGACAGGAAUACGACGCUGAAGGAUUAAAUACCGAAUUGGCGUGUUGUGGUCGGCCACUUUGAACCAUAACAAUGUGGACAGACGACCUGAAGGCUCCCACCAACGAGCAUUCAUUUCAAGGAUGGACCAAGGUGAAGUAAAGAUAACAUUCAGAAGAGAUGACCAUUCAGGCAAACUGUUCUACACUGAAUUCCCAGAGGGGGGAGAUUCCUUGAAAGUGGCCCCUCAAAGUGCCAUCAAUUCUACCGCCUCUGUUCUUCACCCAUCUAGCCAGUUAAUGCAGCCUGGAAAGUCUAACGGCCUCAAUAGUAUCUCUGCUCCAGUGGAAGUGAUAUCCUCUUCCCUCACUGCAAACAUUGGCUCCUUGCAAGAAGAUCCCCAGCAACGGGGCCUGACCAAAGAGCAGAGACCAUCCAGUCGCCAAAACCUUGGCGUGAACUUAUUGAAUCUGGGGGGAAAAAUAUCACAGUUAACCCCGUCUUCCAUGGAUUCCCUAAUUGGGGGAUCCGAUCCGAACUUUUUCACCAUGAAAACGGAGGAUUUCUCUCUGGAUAGAGUAGGCCAUGAUCUAAUUGACUUGGAUCAUGCAUUUGAACACAUCGGGAAAGACAUCGACAUGAGCCAGAAAUUAUUUGGCGAUAACACUCUGGAUCUGCUCGGUGACUUUGAGCUCACAGGCUCCCCUUCAGAUUUUUAUGCUGGGGAUGACGCCUUCUUGUCCACUCUGGCAGACGACGCUUUAUUUGUGGAUGCCGGUUCAGACGCCAGGGUAAUCAAGCCUGCUAUCGCAGAGGUCGCUAAUGGCAGCGGCUCACUCGCUCUCAAUGGUAACAACUGUGUGGCCAGUCCUGAUCAGUCCGGCUCAUGCAUAUCCUCACCUGCCACCCUGACUCCUACAGCCGCUUUGGUGAAGAAAGAAAAAGAUGCCGACUUUAUUCAGCUAUGCACCCAAGGUGUGAUCAAACAAGAGAAGAUGGCUGCCGGCAAGACCUACUGCCAAAUAAGCAGCAGCACAUCCACAGACCUGCCCAUCUCUAGCCCCAUAGCCAUCUGUGGGGUGAGCACCUCGGGAGGUCAGAGCUUCCACUUUGGACUCGGUACACAGCAGCAGAAGGAUCAGAAGUCGGUGACGUGCCAGUAUCUUCCUAUCAGCGCAACCUGGACCAGAGCUCAGACUCCUGGGCAAGUGUCAAGCUUGCAUCAGCCCUCUGAUGCUUUCUCAAGCACUCCAGGCUUCCUUACCAACUUGGCCAGCUCAACGUCCCGACAGGAAGGGGCCACGGUGCCGUCGUCGACCCAGGGAAAGAGCGGGACUCACAAAAUCUGCUUGGUGUGCUCCGACGAGGCCUCUGGUUGCCACUAUGGUGUGCUCACUUGUGGCAGUUGCAAGGUGUUUUUCAAAAGGGCAGUGGAAGGGCAACAUAAUUAUUUAUGUGCUGGAAGGAACGACUGCAUCAUAGACAAGAUCAGGAGAAAGAACUGCCCAGCUUGCCGCUUCCGCAAGUGUCUGAUGGCAGGCAUGAAUCUGGAAGCACGUAAGACCAAGAAGUUGAAUCGGUUAAAAGGCGGUCAGACAAGCAACCCACCCGAGGUGCAACUUCCCCCGCCGACCGAGGCCCGCGCACUUGUGCCCAAGUGCAUGCCUCAGCUGGCCCCCACAAUGCUGUCCCUUUUGACGGCUAUCGAACCCGACAUCCUCUAUGCGGGCUACGAUAGCACCCUGCCUGACACCCUCGCCCGCUUCCUGACCUCUUUGAACAGACUGGGUGGACGACAGCUUAUUUCUGCUGUCAAGUGGGCCAAGGCUUUGCCAGGUUUCAGGAACCUUCACCUGGACGACCAGAUGACUCUGCUCCAAUGCUCCUGGCUCUUCCUCAUGUCGUUCAGCCUGGGUUGGAGGUCUUACCAGCAGUGUAACGGCGACAUCCUCUGUUUUGCCCCGGACCUCAUCAUGAAUGAGGAGCGAAUGAAGCUGCCAUACAUGGCCGAACAGUGUGCACAGAUGAUGAGGAUUAGCAGCGAGUUUGUCCGGCUGCAGGUUUCUUUCGACGAAUAUCUGUGCAUGAAAGUCCUGCUGCUGCUCAGCACAGUGCCAAAAGACGGUCUGAAGAGUCAGGCAGCUUUCGAGGAGAUCCGGAUGUCUUACAUCAAGGAGCUGGGGAAAGCGAUAGUGAAACGAGAGGAGAAUUCCAGCCAGAACUGGCAGCGUUUCUACCAGCUCACUAAGCUGCUGGACUCCAUGCAUGAGAUGGUUGGCAGUCUUCUCAACUUUUGUUUCUACACAUUUGUGAAUAAAUCCCUGAGUGUGGAGUUCCCCGAGAUGCUGGCAGAGAUCAUCAGCUACCAGCUGCCCAAAGUCAAGGCCGGGAGCGUCAAAGCCCUCCUCUUCCAUCAGAAAUGACUGCUUCCGCCAAACGGACACAAUGCCUUAAAUACCCCAACCCACUCCCCCACCUCUGUCAAGGACAUGAGUACGUCUUCGGGAGCGAGGAGGUUUUUACAAUUUUAACAAAUAGCAUCACGUCGUCUCAGGUGACUUCCUUCAAAUACACGUCUAUAAUGGAACUCCUAACAGAUCUUUUCUACACAUUAUCAUUUUACAGGUUGUAGUCGCCUUGAAGCAAACUAAAGUACAUCAAUAUUCAAACGCUUUAGUUCGCUGUGGCUAAAUAUAGAAAUUUUACUGUCCUUUGCGUGCUUCGAUGUUUCUAACAAUUUCCUAGGAUUGUUGGCCAUUUAAACAGACCUCUUCCAGGUUUACACGCGCAGAUUAUAAAAGGGAAAAAAAAACAUGUGCCUUUUUUUUGUUUGCGUCAGAUAUCUCAGCCGUCUCUUCCCACCUGCCGGGGGCGUGCCUCUCCUCAGCCCGUCGCCGCCUUACCCUGAUUGUACUUUCACCACACAUGCAGUGGCAACGCUUCCUUAUUAAGUAGCUGUGUUUUCCUCGCUCCUUGAAGUGCGCGCGCGUGUGAAAAUUCACAGCCUGCUCUUCGCCCCUUUCCCCCACCUGGUUAUUGAGGUGGGAUUUAGGCACUUUGUACCCCGCUAAAGGCUUUAACUGUGAAGAAUGCAAGGUUUUAGUCCACCUGAUCUCAAUCGAUACUAACUUUCCCCUACCCCCUCCAUCCUUCUGAACGAAUCAAUUUACCGAAUGUGAUUUGCGUCGACCAAUCAGACAGGAAUAUUUUUGUGUAGUAUUUUCGUGUAGUAAUGAGUGCGUAAACGAGGCACCUAAUGUAGCGGUGAUUGUUGUGUUGCGUCACUUUUGUGGAGCCCCCAAUUUCACCCACUGUUUUACUAACUGCUCCUUUAAAAGACGGUUACCGUAUUUCCUCAUCUAGAUGUACUCAACUGCAGAAAGCACUGGGUAUCUAUUACGGGUUUUGAAAUAUUUUUUGCCCCACCUUUAUUGUUUUUUUAAUCCAUAUCAGAUUUUCCCUUCAUUAAUGUAAUACUGUAUAUCAGAGGUGGGAAUCUCUCAGCACCUCCCGAUUCGAUCCAUUUCUUGGGAGGAUGAUUACCGUAUUUUUCGGAGUAUAAGUCG